CAUCAUUUCCUUUUGUGCCCCCUCCCCCACUCCUCGCCCUUAAACUCGAACCCCAUUCCUCCCGUCAUCUUAAGGGGGGGAAAAAGGAGGGAAGUUAGAAAAGCGGAGAAAAUAUAAGAUAAGAGAUCUAAAUAAAGAGAGAGAGAGAGAGAGAGAGAAAGCAGAGGAACCAAGAAAUAUGCAGGCGAAGGCAGCGGCGCUUGCUCUCUUGUGCUGUUUAUCUCUCACAGUCGCUGACGAUCCGUACAGGUUCUUCGACUGGGUCGUCACCUUCGGAGACAUUUAUCCCCUCGGCGUUAAGCAGCAGGGGAUUUUGAUCAAUGGGCAGUUUCCAGGCCCGGACAUUUUCUCGGUCACUAAUGACAACCUCAUCAUCAACGUUCACAACAAUUUGACGGAGCCCUUCCUCCUCUCAUGGAACGGCGUGCAGAACCGCAAAAACUCGUACGAGGACGGAGUACUGGGCACCACAUGCCCAAUCCCCCCGGGGAGAAACUUCACCUACAAACUUCAAGUCAAGGAUCAAAUCGGCAGCUUCUUCUACUUCCCCUCAAUGUACUUCCAAAAGGCGGCCGGAGGCUUCGGCCUCCGAGUCCUCAGCCGUCCGAGGAUACCCGUCCCCUUCGACGAACCCGCCGGAGAUUUCACCGUCCUCGUCGGCGAUUGGUACAAGACCAAUCACACGACUCUAAGACAAAGAUUGGACGGUGGUCACAAGCUCCCUAACCCCGACGGCAUUCUAAUCAAUGGCCGUAGCAACAACGGUGCUUCCUUCACCUUUGAACAAGGCAAAACUUACCGGCUCCGCAUUUCCAAUGUUGGCCUUCAGAACUCACUCAACUUCAGGAUCCAAGACCACAAAAUGAUACUAGUCGAAGUGGAAGGCACCCACACAAUGCAGACCGUGUUCUCCUCCAUCGAUGUCCACUUGGGCCAAUCGGUCUCCGUCCUCGUCAAGGCCGAUCAGCCUUCCAAGGAUUACUAUGUCGUCGCCUCCUCCCGCUUCACCUCUACCGUCCUCACCACCACCGCUGUCCUCCAUUACAGCAACUCGCAACAAAGGGUCUCCGGCCCAAUCCCUGGUGGGCCUACAACCCAAAUCGAUUGGUCCCUUAACCAAGCCCGAGCCAUGCGGACCAACUUGACUGCUAGUGGGCCGAGGCCUAACCCACAGGGCUCGUACCACUACGGUAUGAUCAACACGAGCAGGACAAUUAGGCUGGGCAGUUCCGCAGGACAAGUUGAUGGAAAGCAACGUUAUGCGAUUAACAGCGUGUCGUUUAUUAUGGCCGACACCCCGAUGAAACUUGCCGACUACUAUAAGAUUCAAGGGGUUUAUAAGCUGGGGAGCAUUCCUGAUGCCCCGACGGGCCAAAGAAUUUACAAGGACACCUCGGUCAUGGCUGCGGAUUUCCGAGCGUUUGUGGAGAUUGUGUUCGAGAACAAGGAGAAUAUUGUUCAGUCGUAUCACAUCAAUGGCUACUCCUUCUGGGUGGUCGGAAUGGAUGGAGGGGAAUGGAGCCCUGCUAGCAGAAAUAAUUACAACUUGAGGGAUGCCGUGAGCCGUUGCACGACCCAAGUGUAUCCGAAGUCUUGGACUGCAAUCUACAUUGCACUUGAUAACGUCGGAAUGUGGAACGUAAGAUCAGAGUUCUGGGCUCGUGAGUAUCUUGGACAGCAGUUCUAUUUACGGGUUUACUCGCCGGUGGAAUCAUUGAGGGACGAGUACCUAAUCCCGAUCAAUGCACUUCGUUGUGGUCGGGCUUCUGGUCGCAUGACUCGCCCUUAGUUUUUCUAAGUGGAGGAAGAUGGUUUGCUUGUUUAAUUUUUAUUGCGAAUUUGUUUGAAUUUGAAGGAUUCUUUGGUUACCAACUCGGUAAGGGUUAAUAUUUAGGGAUAGAGAAGGGAUAGAGUGACCUGACUCGGGUCACAUUCUUUUAUGGAGGGAAGCCAACUUAUCAAAUGUAUUUUGUGAUGUGUACCAUUAUUAUAUAUUCUAUCAAUUCGAACAAUAAGAUAUAUUUCCAUUGAAUUUGUUU